UUGGCCCCGCCUUGCAUGGCUACAGGAAGCGCCUCCACUUUACCAGAGUGUUUAGAAAAAAGAAGUAAGGCCGAAGUUAAAUCGAAUGAUUUGAUCGAAGACAUCCGCAACAGUUUCUGCCAGUUUGGUGUAAAAUCUGUGUGACCUACCUCGAAUGUGGUUUGAUAAGAAGAACCAAGUGAAAAACAUGAUUUCGUUCAUGCACUAAAUGUAGCAGUAUAGCCUGCUAACGUUAAAUAAAACGUGAAGACACGUGGGAGCCUGUGCUGUGUGGUUGACCACUGGAAUGUCUUGUUGACUGAAAUCUUGUCUCAUUGAAUAUCAGACCAUGGCCCAGGGCAGUGGAGUCCAGUACGAGCCAGUGGCAGAGAUUGGAGGGGGUGCCUACGGAACGGUGUACAAGGCUCGGGACCUGGAGAGUGGCCAGUUUGUUGCCCUGAAGAGUGUUCGCGUUCAGACGGACCAAGAUGGCCUCCCUAUAUCCACGGUCCGAGAAGUUGCCCUGCUGAAGAGACUGGAGCAGUUUGAUCAUCCCAACGUGGUCAAGCUCAUGGACGUGUGUGCCACCCUGAGGACAGAUCAGGAGACUAAAGUCACCCUGGUAUUUGAACACGUGGACCAGGACCUGAAGACCUACCUAGAGAAGGCCCCCGCCCCAGGACUGCCCCCCAGCCACAUCAGAGACCUGAUGCGUCAAUUGCUGUGUGGCCUGUCAUUCCUACACUCGAACCGCGUGGUGCACCGGGACCUGAAGCCAGAGAACAUCCUGGUCACCAGCCGUGGUCAGGUUAAGCUGGCCGACUUUGGACUGGCCAGGAUCUACAGUUGCCACAUGGCCCUUACCCCUGUGGUGGUGACUCUGUGGUACAGGCCUCCUGAGGUCCUGCUUCAGUCCACCUACGCCACGCCGGUGGACAUCUGGAGCACGGGCUGCAUCUUUGCUGAGAUGUUCCGACGCAAACCGUUGUUCUCUGGAGACUCUGAAAUGGACCAACUGGGAAAGAUAUUCAAUGUGAUUGGCCUGCCACCCAUGGAGGAGUGGCCUGCUGAUGUCACCCUCUCACGACACAACUUCAGUCCUAUCAGCCCCCGCCCAAUCACAGACUACGUUCCUGAGAUCAAUGAGCAGGGGGCAGAGCUGCUUUUGAAAAUGCUAACCUUUGACCCUCUAAGAAGAAUCUCUGCCCUAAACGCUCAAGAACAUCCUUACUUCCAGGAGGAUGAGGAGGAAGUGACAAAUGGUUGAAAUGCAGUGAAUGACGUCGAAGGAUGGGACCGUGAGGAAUGGUAACCCUGACUCCAUUUUGGUGUAUAUUGUCAUUCAGUGCAUUUCAGGCCAGAUCCCUGUUGUGGUUCCUUUAAAAAAAAUGUUACUACAGAAGCCAGUUGCACCCCUUGAGAAUGUAUAGGAGUAGAGAAGUGGAGUUCAAGGACCAAUACGGAUAUGAACCUGAAGAAGGAUUGACUCCCCUCGCAUUCCUCAAAUGAAUUCCCCAGGCUGGUCUCAUAGACUAGACGUAACAUAAUAAACUUUAAAAAAGAGACACUCAAAUUAGUAUGAUAUAUUACGUUUGGUAUGGUUACAUAAGACCGGUGGUUAUUUAAAAUCUCGUCAUUGACAACUUUUGAGCUGAUUAGCAACUUUUCAACUCCUUUGCAUGUUAGCUAACCUUUCCACCUACCAUUCUCCAACUACUAAACUUAACCAUAACCCCUAACCGAGCUAACAUUAGCCACCUAGAUAGAAUUCCUAACAUAUCAUACAUUUAGCCAAUUCCUAACAUUUCAUUUGAAGUCCAGAAAUUAAUUCAUACCAUACGAAACGUGACUCAUAUUAAAUGGAGUGUCUCAGUUUUACGUACAGAAUAAUACGAAAGGCUCUUGAGACCAGGUUGUGCGCACACACACACAACAUGGAAUAACUGUCCUCCUGUGUGGUUAUUUUAAUAUUAUAGUUUAAAGAUCCAAUGCAUACAUUUUUAUUACAAUAUCAAAUAUUUUCUGUUUAACAAUUGAAGUACCUUGCUGUGAUAUUUUUCUACCAAAAUAGCUUCUUAGCAAAGAGCAAUUUUUUUUAAGCGAGAAUUUUGCUAGGACUGUCAUUAGUGUGAGUGGGGAUGGGAAAACUGAAAAGUAGCUGUUAUUGGCAGAGAGAUUUGGAACAUUUUCUUAUUGGUCUAUUAACUAAUUUACCACCUGGUGAUGUCACCAAGUAGGCCAAAAUUCCAUUCCACCAAAAAAGGCUGACAUUUCAGGCUCUUACUUUCACAGCUCUUUCACUAAAAGGGCAUUAUUAUUUUCACACUUUCACAGUAUUAUUCCAACCUCUGUGUGGAAAUAUAUAUAUAUAUAUAUAUACAUACACACACACACACACACACACACACACACACACACACACACACACACACACACACACACAGUGGCAAGGAAAAGUAUGUCAAACCCUUUGGAAAUACCUGGACUUCUGCAUAAAUUGGUCUUAAAAUUUGAUCUGAUCUUCAUGUAGGUCACAACAAUAGACAAACAGUCUGCUUAAACUAAUAACACACAAUUAUACGUUUUCAUGUCUUUAUUGAACAUACCGUGUAAACAUUCACAGUGUAGGGUGGAAAAAGUAUGUGAACCCUUGGAUUUAAUAACUGGUUGACCCUCCUUUGGCAGCAAUAACCUCAACCAAACGUUUUCUGUAGUUGCGGAUCAGACCUGCACAACGGUCAGGAAGAAUUUUGGACCAUUCAUCUUUACAAAACUGUUUCAGUUCAGCAAUAUUCUUGGGAUGUCUCAAUCAGGUUGAGGUCAGGACUUUUUUCUUCUGUUGAAGCAAUUCUGUUGUUGAUUUACUUCUGUUUUGGGUCGUUAUCCUGUUGCAUCACCCAACUUCUGUUGAGCUUCAAUUGGUAGACAGAUAGCCUAACGUUAUUCCUGCAAAAUGUCUUCAUAGACUUAGGAAUUCAUUUUUCCAUCGACGAUAGCAAGCUGUCCAGGGCCUGAGGAAGCAAAGCAGCCCCAAACCAUGAUGCUCCCUGCACCAUACUUUACAGUUGGGAUAAGGUUUUGAUGUUGGUGUGCUGCGCCUUUUUCUCCACACAGUGUUGUGUGUUCCUUGCAAACAACUCAACUGUAGUUUAAUCUGUCCACAGAAUAUUUUGCCAAAAGCGCUGUGGAAUAUCCAGGUGCACUUUUGCAAAAUUCAGACGUGCAGCAAUGUUGUUUUUUGGACAGCAGUGGCUUCUUCUGUGGUGUCCUCCCAUGAACACCAUUCUUGUUUAGUUUAGUGUUUUAUGUAUCGUAGACUUGUCAGAUGUUAGCAUGUUCCAGAGAUUUCUGUAAGUCUUUAGCUGACACUAAGAUUCUUCUUAACCUCAUUGAGCAUUAUGCGCUGUGCUCUUGCAGUCAUCUUUGCAGGAUGUCCACUCUUAGGGAGAGUAGCAACAGUGCUGAACUUUCUCCAUUUAUAGACAAUUUGUCUUACCGUGGACUGAUGAACAUCAAGGCUUUUAGAGAUACUUUUGUAACCCUCCAGCUUUAUCGAAGUCAACCAUUCUUAAUCUUAGGUCUUCUGAGAUCUCUUUUGUUUGAGGCAUGGUUCACAUUAGGCAAUGCUUCUUAUGAAUAGCAAACUCAAAUUUUGUGAGUGUUUUUAUAGUGCAAGGCAGCUCUAACCAACAUCUCCAAUCUCGUCUCAUUGAUUGGACUCCAGGUUAGUGGACUCCAAUGAGCUUUUGGAGAAGUCAUUAGCCUAGGGGUUCACAUACUUUUCCCAACCUACACUGAAUGUUUACAUUGUGUAUUCAAUAUAGACAAGAAAAAUACAAUAAUUUGCACACUAUUUUUCUCUGUUGUGACUUAGAUGAAGAUCAGAUCAAAUUUGAUGACCAAUUUUAUAUAGAAAGCCUGGUAAUUCCAAAGGGUUCACACACUUUUUCUUGCCUGUGUGUGUGUAUACACACAACACUGGAAAAUCACUGACUGUACUGGGCCUUAAAAAAAUUAAAAGUGCACAUGGAAGGACAUACUAGCUAAGUGGCAUUUGUUGAACAUGUUUACGGGCCAAAUAAUGUGUUGUUCUGUACUAAGUAUCCCUCCCUUUCAUUCCAAGAACACCUUGCAAUGUUUAAGUGCUGCAAAGACUAAUAAAGCUGCUCCAAUCAUCAACUUAAA